GCAAAUGUCUCGCUCAGUGGGAGGAUCAGCUCCGUGUGACGUGCUUCAUGGGAAAAACUGCAGUAACACCACAGACAGACUUUACACACUGUGCACAGGGCCAGAUCAGCUGGACUCUUCAACACCACGGACUAAAGUGCAUCUCAAUCUGUUGACUGUGCUGUAUGAGUCAGAGAGGAGCGGAGCGUCAUGUCGGAGCCGUUCGACUGUGACAGCUGUAAGGAGUCUCUGUAUGACAGGAAAUACAUCCCUGUGGACAAUGUGCCCCACUGUGUCCCCUGUUACGACCGUCUGUACGCAAACACCUGCCAGGAGUGCAAAGAGCUCAUCGAACACAACUCACGGGAGCUGUAUUAUGAGGACAGGCAUUAUCACGAACACUGUUUCCGCUGCUCGCGCUGCGACCGUUCGCUGGCGGACGAGCCGUUCACCUGUCAGGAAGACGCCCUGGUGUGUAACGACUGUUACUGCAAUGAGUUUUCAACUAAAUGUGUGGCCUGUGGGAAGACAGUGAUGCCAGGCUCUAAGAGGUUGGAGUACGGAGGCUGCGCGUGGCACGAGGAAUGCUUUGUUUGUUGUGGUUGUGAGCAGCCCAUCGGGGCCCAGUCAUUCGUCCCAGAUAAGGGCGAGUACUACUGCACGCCCUGUUACGAGAGACGAUUCGCCCCACGCUGCGCCCACUGCAAACAGAUCUUGGUUCAGGGUGGUGUUACAUAUAGAGACGAGCUCUGGCAUAAAGAGUGUCUCCUGUGUACGGUUUGUAAAGUGCAGCUUGCCGGACAGCCUUUCACAGCACAGGGUGAAGAUCCAUAUUGUGUGAAGUGCUUCAGCAACCUGUACGGCCAAAAAUGCUCUGGCUGCGACAAACCCAUCACAGGUUUUGGAGAAGGGAAGUACAUCUCGUUUGAGGAGCGUCAGUGGCAUCAGCCAUGUUUUAAGUGCUCUGAAUGUUCUGUCUCUCUGGUCGGAGCAGGAUUCUUCCCCAAUGGAAAAAAGAUUAUCUGCAAAAGCUGCAAUGCCAAAUAACCCACAGAUGAUAACAGACCUUUGUGUAUAUAAAUACAUUUAUGAAACAUCUGACAUCAUUUAAACAUGAAAUGUAUGAUGUACAUUAAUGUUUUGUUGUUGCAUUCUCCCAAAUCUGGAUUAAAAAAAUCUCUUAUAUUGAAGGAUAUGUUUGAUCUGGCUGAAGAAUUUUAAACUUUAAAUUAGAAACUCAAAUCAUUUGAACCAAGCAUGAGUACACGCCAAAGGCUUAGUUUCCUGAGAUGUUGUUUUUGUCAUUAGCCUUUUGAAUUUACAUCUGAGAAGUUUCCCAUGUGUUUGCAUAAACUUCAGGCCUUUAAAUUUCCUCCAACAGCAACAUUCCUCAAAAAGAUUUGCAUUUGAACAAAAUACACACACUGACCCAAAUGAUUGUUAAUAUGGGAAGUCCUGUGCUCGACAAGAUGCAACGCUCAAGGAUUGAAUCAUUUAAUGAUGCAUAUUGACAAAAAAUGUUGUUUGUUAAACACAGUGAAUUUUACAGUGCACUAUUUUAUUGCACCAAUGUAUGCUUUAAAUAACUCUCACAUUAAAUAUUUGCAUAUUAAUCCCUA